AACCUCUUUAUUACAAGCCAACACAAAACCAUUUCAUCAAUCUUUGUAACCAUGACAACCGGAAAACCCGAACCAUCCACCUACCCAUACGAUCCUCUUCCUUCCACUCCUCAACAACCCCAACCUCAAUACUACGUCGUUUUACCCUUCUACUCCUCCUCCGGCCACCGUAGACGGCAGCGAUUAUUCCGCCGCUACCUCUACUCCGCCAUCACCAUCCUCCUCCUCUCCGCCGCUCUCUUCCUCCUCUGGCCAUCCGAUCCGUACCUGCAAGUCGUCAACCUUCGUCUCGAUCGCUUCAAAGUCAACACUGCUCCGAUCUCGCUCGAUAUUGUGCUAGCUGUACGGAUCAAGGUUCGGAAUCCAGAUGUUUACUCUCUCAGUUAUAAAUCGCUCAAUGUGUCGGUUGAUUAUAGAGGAGAGAGGCUAGGGUUUGUGACGUCAGAUUACGGAAAAGUGAAGGCAUUUGGUACGUCAUAUAUUGAUGCGACGCUUGUUCUUGACGGAGCGGGAGUGGUUUCUCAGGCGGUUUUUUUGAUUGAGGAUUUGCUGAGAGGUGAGAUUCCGUUGACUACGGUUUCGGAGAUUCGUGGUGGUCUUGGAGUUGUGCUGUUUGAUCUUCCGAUUAAGGCCAAGUUAUCAUGUGAGGUUGUAAUGAACAUACGCAAUCAAACAAUUGAACGUCAAGAUUGCUGUCCUGCGUGAAUUCGUAUAUCUAGGUUGCAAAUGAAUUAACGCACCAGCAAAGAUAAAGAAUCAGGCUAUGUUAUAUGCUGUUAAGGUUAUCGGGUUCCGUACAUUAGUGUCGCAUAUCUGCUCCUGUUGUUGGGUGGUUAUUGUCUGAGAGCUGUUUCAUAUGAUGGUCGACGUAAAUAUAACAUCAUACAUCAUUAUGGUUUGUAUAUUAUUAUUAGAUGUUGGAUCACGAGUUACUGAUUCCAAAACAUCUUAACGAUGUAUUCUUUCGUGGUAAUGUACUAAGAUUUGUGAAUAUUGAUCGAUGUUUGCGUUCA